UAUGGUCUACAGUCUUAAGCGCGGACAUCCUCUGCGCCAUUUCUUAUGUUGUCUCUUUAUCCCAAACAAGAUGUCUAAGUCUUCCCAAGCGGGAUCGUCGCCUUACAGCGAGUACAUAAGCAAGGCAGAAGAUAUUGCCGAUCAGAUCCUUCGAAACAGCAAGAACGUGCUCCCUCAUGUCGCGCGAUUUUGUCUGAUUUCGACUUUCUUCGAAGAUGGCUUUCGAAUGUGGUUCCAAUGGGAUGAACAACGUGACUAUAUGGAUCAAACGUGGCAUUGUGGAACAGUCUUCGGAACCUUGUUCGUUCUCUUCAAUUUAUUCGCCCAGUUAGCGGGUUGUGUAAUGGUGUUAUCCCGGCAAAAAGUGGAAAUUGCCGUGGGAAUGUUGUCUUCUGUUAUCGUAGUCCAAACUCUUGCCUACAGUAUCCUGUGGGAUUUCAAAUUUUUGCUCAGAAACCUUGCACUUGCCGGUGCCUUGUUGCUUCUCUUGGCUGAAUCACGCUCUGAGCAGAAGAGUCUGUUUGCUGGAGUGCCAUCUAUGGGAGGGAACACACCAAAAACAUACCUUCAACUAACUGGUCGAGUUCUUCUUGGUUUCAUGUUUGCAACCCUGAUCAAGUUAAGAUUUUCAUUUGUCUACAUUUUGCAAGAUGUACUAGGUACAAUUUUGAUGGUCCUAGUGGCUGUGGGAUAUAAGACCAAACUUGCCUCAUUGGUGUUAGUUCUUCUUUUGGCCAUAAUCAAUGUCUAUCUGAAUCCUUGGUGGAUGUACCAUGCCCAGUCGCCAUUGAGGGAUUUCUUAAAGUACGACUUCUUCCAGACCACUUCAGUGAUUGGUGGUUUACUCCUAGUUGUUGCUCUUGGUCCUGGUGGAGUCAGUGUUGAUGAUUAUAAAAAGAAAUGGUAAAGCUCAACAAAGGACAUAUAGUAUACAUUUUUUUUUUGUAUCAAUGCUAGUGAAGUUUAAAACAAUCCAGAAAACAAACUAAAGACAAAACCUCUUUGUACACUUCAGUACAGCCCUGCAGUACAUUUGAUAAAUGUUAGUCUUGAAUCUGGCAGUAUAUCAUUCUAGUUGAUGUACAAAUCUUGUGUCAAAUUUAAAUUCUCAUCAACUUUGUUCCAAGUUUGUUAUGGCUGCAGCAGGAAAUUAGAAUUGUGGCCAUGUUUGAGUUGCAGUACCAAAGUUCUAAUGUGCCUCUUAGCAUAUAAUUUGUUGAGAUUGUAAACUAGCAGAUAAAUACAUAACUCUUAACACACCAUACAAUUACAGCUGCAUGCUUACACAUGUGACCAAAUUGUGUUAUUGUACUUUUCUCUUAUUUUAAGAGUCUGCAACAGGUUAGUGAAAAGAAAUUAUUUUGGCUUCUUUCCUUUUAGUCGUCUUGAUUAAAGUUUGCCUGUCAUUAUUAUUUAUUUUCUAACAAAUCAAUUAGAUGUGAAUCAAUGGAAUAAUUUACUGGCAGAAUUACCCAUGAUGGUAUUGUAGUGAUAGCUUCUCAAAAUCGACCCUCAAUAAACCUUUCAAAAAGA